AUGCAAAAACAAGAGAAUAAGACUACACAGUCCGGUUUUGCCCUACACUUUGUUUUAACCAAUACUAACACCUGUUCGCUUUCUGAACUUUCGGGCUGCUACGUUGCACGCGUUGUGCAGUCGGAUAUGCGGCCGGUCAUCUACUUCAACCCGAUCGCCAUUCCAAAAACGAAACACUAUGUACCACUUUGGAAUCGACACGUUGUGUACCCCAAAUUUACUCCCGGUGAUCCUCAAUUAAGAAUGUUUCUUCCUCCAUUUUGGAUGAAAAUGCUCUACCCUGGGGAGAAAUGCCCCAAGCGAUUGGUUGUUUUCAAGGUUCAUCCUCAAAUGACAAAGUAUGAUGUAAAACAGUACCUAGAAAAGAUUUACAAAGUUCCCGUUAUCGGUGUCCAGCUGAAAAUGCUCUACCACGACUUGCAUCCACUGGACACAGUCGAGGAUCCAAGACGUGCAGUUGGCGCGGCAUUCCCACAUCUCCUUCCACGUGAACCGGAGCGUUACGAGAAGGUCGCCUACGUUCAUCUGGCACUAGGCUAUGAAUUCGAGUUUCCAGACAUUUUUAAAGACGGAAAACGGCCAUCAGAAGAGAUCUCUCGGCUGAUCGAUCAAGCACAAGUUAGGGAGGAUUUGCAACCAGCCAAGGAAGAUAAAGAGGAUGCGGUGGAGGCGGAGCAGACUAGACAGAAGACGAAAGAAAUGGAGGAAAAGACAGAGUUAAAGCCCUCACAACCGUCUUCAUUUGUCAUAAACAGGUGGUUCCAAUCCUAA